CAACAAUGUCUACGAAAAGGCCUGCUGUUGACCUGCUGCCGUUCAUAACUGUCCUUGCUCUACAACUCGUCCUACCUCUACACGUGGAAACGUCGACAAACGGCAUCCGUCGGGAGCGAGCUGAGAGGGAACCGGGCGGCGGGUCGUGCCCGUUCGGUUUCGCGGAAGAGAGCUUCGCGUGUUCCAUACGAGACUCUGUCGAUCGACUCUCGCUUGAGCACCGACCGCUCCUGGUCCACACCAGAAACGAAGAUGGGGUGGAUUCUCUUGUGUUCUUGAGGGAGGGAGAAGACAAAAACUACACCUUUCCAUUACACACCCCACUGUACCACAAUCUCAAGGCUAUAUCUCAUCUUCCGGUGUCAGUGGUGGGAGUUGUGGCCCCUGACCUGGUGCAGGGCCGGCCAUCUCCUCUCUCUCCCAGCACACUCCAGGCUCUCGGUGAGCUGGUAGCGGUGUUGGACAGAGCCACGGGAUUAGUGAACGAGGACAAUUUUCCAGGACAGGUAGGACGUCAGAUAUCAAUCAUAGACAGAACCAAAGAGUUCAUACGAGAUGUUAAUACUUCAGUUCCGAUCUCAUACGAUGUACUGGAAGAGUUUGGAAGUUCUGUGGCAAAUGAGCUGACGGGGAACGCACGGGAGGCAGUCAGGGACUACUUGCAGAGUCUGAACAAGACCGUUACUGAGCUGCUGACUAAUAAAACCAUCAGCUCCGAAGAGUUCGGAAACCUUUCUGUGGUUAUUGAGAUCCCACCUUUCGUCGAACCAAACAGCUUUAUAUUACAGUACUACGAACAGUUACUAAACUAUCGAUACCAGAGCGAGACACAGGAUCCUGACAGAAUUGUGUUGUCGCCUUAUCCCUUGAGCAGUCAAGAGUCAGAUUAUAUAAACACCACCACUACAAAUGCAUUCUCAGCUACCGAGCUUACUCACGCCAUCACCAGAACAUUCUACGGUGCGAAUGAAGUAUUUUCAUCGACACACGACCCACUAUCGCAAGCUGCAGGUGAAAUAAUCUGCUCUCCCAACCUCUCGUUUCCGUCGUGUCUCGAAGACAGAAACGGGAAUAAUCGCGAAGAGAAGUUACCACCUGGGUUUGGUAACCCUACCGAGCGAGGUUACGUAGCGGCAAUCAUAUUCACAAGUGCGUUCUGCAUGGUUUUGAUGAUCGUUGUAGUUUGCAUCUUCCGAGAGGGAAAAGUGAUGCGGAUGGAGCGACGGAAAGAAGAUCCUCUUUUUUCUCGUAAACCAAACAGAAUCGGUGGAAGGAUUAACGAUGGGAGUGGUUCAGACGAAGACGAAGAUGAAGUACAAGUCACAUCUAAUAGACGGGCAUCAUUGGAAGAUAAUAGAGACACGGUUGAGCCAGUCACUAAUACUAGAGCAGGGUUCUACCAGAACAGACAGCAGAGUGGCAGCAGCAGGAGAUUGAGGGAAAGAUCUUCGGUGGGUCACCUCUCUCCUGGCAGUGGGAGAGAUCGCAGCAGACCUUCUGUUACUUACUCUGAGGUUUUAUCUACCAAUAAACCCUACCGAGCUAUACUACGGGACAUGGCUGCUGAGAGAAACGUCGAAACGGCCGCGGGCCCGGGUAUCGCCGACGUCUGCCAGAAGCCGUACGACGGAAAGAUACGCGACAACGUUGCGGAGUACUCGGAGAAGUUCGCGAAGACCGGCGAGCGGGAGGGGGACUUCGACUACGAGUCGCGCACGGAAAAGACGAUUGAAAUCACGCAGUCGUACUACACGCUCGUCACGGACUUCUACGAAUACGGCUACGGAGCCUCGUUCCAUUUCGGCCCCGUGCGCGACGGGCAGACAUUGCAGGACUGCCUACUCGACUACGAACAUGAAAUAGCACGUAACCUGAACGCCCGGCCCGGCAUGAAGAUACUGGACAUUGGCUGUGGUAUUGGAGGACCAGCUCGAGCUAUCGCCCGGUAUAGCGGAGCUUCAGUGACGGGCCUCAACAUCUGCCACUACCAAGUGAACAGAGCUAAAGAGCUGACCAAGCUCUGUGGUCUUCAAGACCUCGUCAGCUUCAAGCAGGUGCACCGAGUGUUGAAGCCAGGAGCCAUGUUUGUGGACUCAGCCUGGGCGAUGACCGACCUCUACGACCCCAACAACCCCCAACACGUCAAGAUCAAGGGAGAAAUCGAGUAUGGUUCAGGUGUCCACCAGUUGAGGACGGUGAAAGAUAUUCUGGAUGGUCUGAAGGAGUCGGGAAUGGAGCUGGUGGGAUUCCGAAGUUGCCACCACGAGGGAGACAAACCCUGGACCUGCUUUCUUCAGGGACAGUCGACCUGCUCGUUGAAACACUUCCGCACGUCAACCAUUGGUCGCAUGGCAACCCACUGCCUCGUCUACCUUCUGGAGACCUUCAAAAUCCUUCCUCAGGGUUCGUCAAAGGUCCACAGUGUCCUACUGACGUGUGGAGACGGACUCAUCGAGGGAGGCAAAACCGACAUCUUCACUCCGAUGUUCCGAAUAGUGGCACGCAAGCCCGGGUCUUCGGAUUAACAACGAAACAUCCUCUACACUAUAUAAUAGCAACACAUUGGAGCCACCAAUUGCAAGUAACGAGUAUUAUAUAAAUCCAGAGAUUCUGGAUCAUGCAUAGUACUUACGGUUCUACAUUAAAAAGAAGUUUGUGUUGAUAAUUUAGGUUUUUACUUUUUUUGUAGAGACACGAUAUUAUAAUUUUAUACAACACGCAAACACACAGAUGUAUUUGUCCAUUUCUUCUGUUUAUUUAUUAGUAUUAUUAUUAUUAUUGUUAUUGUAUUACACUGCUGUCGUGGUGUUGUAUGCAAACUAUUUAUUGCAGUAAAGUGGAUCUAUUUUAGAAACAAACAUGUCCAUAAUAAUAUUACAUAUUAUGAUCGUGUAUGUGUGUGUGUGUGUGUGUGGUGUGUGCA